AACGAGUGCUAAUCAUACAUACCACAGUCCACAGAUAUCUCUCUCUCCUCUGGCAGGCCGCGGCCAGUACGACUCACUCCUCGUUUGCCUCUGUUCUUCCCCCUCGACUCCUCCGCUCCUCUUCGAUUUCGUUAGCUAGCUUCUUGCUCUUCGCCGAUUCCAUGGAUAAAAGUAUUGAUGUGUCCAAGGAUAACUGGAUGUCGGUGCCGGCGUUCGGGGAUUGGGAGAAGCUGCAAGGUAUGCCUGAUUAUUCCAUGGAUUUCUCUAAGAUUAGAGAGAGUCGCAAGCAGAGCAAGUCCAACUACUCCCGAAUCUCCACGGGAAACGAAGCCGACCUACUUUCUCAUGCCAUCACCGCCUCCGCCUCCAAUACCGCCGCUCCUCCAGUUACUCCCGAAAAACAGGCUUGGCUGGGGAGGAAGGCGUUUAUGAGCUACUUUGCUUGCUGUGGCGCAAAGUCAUCUUCCUAGGGCUCCAGUGGUCUACACAUCUUGAGAAGAUAAAACAUUACAGGAUUUUUUUUUUUAAUUUCUCCUUUGAGAAAUAUUGGAUGAACAAAUAAUUAGUUUAUCUUUUGUAUUUCCUUAAUUUUUUGUCUCCCCUAUUAAAUUGUUGUUUAUUAUUGUGUUAAUAUACCUUCUUUUCCUA